AUGGAGAAGAAUCUCGGUUCACGCUGCGUCCCCCCCCCCCCCCCCCCCCCCUGCUUCCGCUCUCCCGACCCUGCACCAUCUUCUAGGCCAGAGAUGCCUUCCCUCCCGGCUACUCAGAGGCCGACAAAUCCGAGCCGAACUCGGGGAAAACGGCCUUCCCCGCCUUAUCCGCCUUUUCUAGGACUUCUUCCGAAAAAGCGCGUCGCCUCAAGCGCGCGCUUCAAGACUCCCGCUCUCUGGGGGACCUCAGCCGUCCAUAUUGCGCAAUUUGCUGCGCUGCCGGCACGGGUCAAGCCCGUUCCCCCUCCCAGAUCCAUGGGCCUCCCCCUUCGUCGGCCUUAUUUUCCUUCGCGCGUACUUCGCUCUGUCGGUCUCCGUUUCCGAGCUGUAGAGCCCGCUAACUGGAGGAACGCGCAGGGCCGUUCCUCUUGCGCCCAAUGGGAACGCAUCUGUGUCCGCGCUGGCGUC